GCCAUCAUGCAAUGCGGACCCUCAGACGGAGCUUUAGCGAUGUGGUUUCUCUGCCAGCACUGGGUUUAGCAGUAUUAUUUAAGGUAAGCUGCCUUUGUAAUGAUGGCCCUGUGAUCUGGACACCACAGAAAGGCUUUUCCUCGGGAACGGAGAGAAAGAUUUUGCACCAAAAAAAAAGAACCUGCUCCUCUUGACAGGAAAGUGGCAAACAAAGUGGCCUGUACCGAACGUGAACGAGCCUGAGAGAUUAGUCCAGCCUGUAGGACGUACGGUGUUCUUCACCACCACGCUGUUCCAGAGUGAAAGAGAGAGAGGGAGGAGGGGUCACGAGGAGGGCUGGAAGAGGGGGAUCAAUCCCCCCCUUUUGUCCUCCCUUGGACUCCCAAUUGGCCGAGCGUCUUUCAACUCCUGCUUCCUGUCAUAUCUUCUUAGUCUGCAUUUCGAGGGCAGCCUGUGAUUCGGCCGGUUUCUUCAACUCGCCGGACUUUCUCAAAAAGUUCAACAAGAAGAAGACAACGCCACAAGCCUGCCAGAGCGAGCAGGCAAGCUGAAGCAGACUCCAGUGUUACGGAAAUCCCGCUCGACUCGCUCACCAUAUAGGGGAAGCUUCUCCUGCCGGGGUUUCUGUUCUACACAGUUCAUGUUCUACAGGUGGACUUCCUAACAUGAAGCAGGCUUGGGACAAGAACGUUUUUGAGAAUGGCCAAAACAAACAGCAGGGAACAGGCCUCGUGGACUCGGCACCUCCGUUCGAGCACCUCCAGAGCACUGGUUCAGGAGAUAAGUUGGAUAAGAAGGUGCUUCCUGUUGCUGGAGCCCUUAGUGGUGGCGGACAAAAUCUUCUCCUCACUCCCGCGAGUCUGCAGUUGGCCCAGCUCCAGGCUCAGCUCACCCUGCACCGCCUCAAACUCGCCCAGAGCAGCAACACUGCAGCCGCCACCAACGUCCUCAAUCAGGUUCUCUCCAAUGUGGCCAUGUCCCAGCCACUGUUUAACCAGCUCAGGGGCUCCUGCAUGCCCCAGCCUCCAGGAACAGGCUUUCCCUCCACACCCAUAACCUUUCCUCCUCCUGCAGCCCCCCUAGGCAACCUGGUAGGAGGUGCAUUUACACAGAACCAUGCCGGAAUCCGAAUGAAUCACUAUGGAGGAGGUGGGAACAUGACCCAGAAUGCCAACCCACAUGGAGAAUGUGGGAAUAAAGCCAACAAAUUUCAGGCAGGGUUUCUGGGAGGAACCACAGCAGGGGUCAGUAAAGCAGGUGAAGGAGCACAGUAUGGAGGCAUCAGUGGUACCAAAACCAGCAACCAACCGAAUAACUACCAGAGAGACUUUACUCUACGGAGAGUCAAAUCCAGGACUCUGGCCUUACAGAACAAUGGAAAAACCCGACCGGCUUUCCCACUAAACUGGGUAGGAACGUGUGCCGGCGGCGGUACAUGGGCAUCAUCCACACAUGGAUUUAUUGGUCCUCGAGCAGAACUGUACAAUCCUGAGGAGCCCACCGGUGACCCCAAGUUCAGCCCAGCCGGAGGCCUCGGGUUUAGUGGUCAGCAAGGAUUCCUGGGAUACUCACAGCAACAAACGAGUGAGGAGGGGCGAGUGAGAAUGACCCUACAGGCGCACCAAGUCAAUGACUAUCAAGGCGUCACACCGUCACACCUACCCCACCAGUGCACCAUUUGUGAAAAGAAAGUUUACAACUUGAAGGACUGGGACCAGCACGUGAAGGGCAAGCUGCACAUACAGAAUCGCUCGCUCUACACCGACGGGCCUGCACUUGGAGCCCUGCACUUUCCCGUCACCUCGGAAGGAUGUCUCGGGUCAGCAUUGAGUAACAACACCAUGGCGUACUUGUCCACCGCUGGCCAAGAUGUUUCAACCGGAGGCUCCUCUUUUUUACCGGGUGCACCUAUGAAGUCAUUUCCUCUUUCGGGGGCGGGAUUUACCUCACACCCACCGGGGACAAAGUUUGUGCCGCGGAAGCCGGGUCCCGGGCGAGUGGUCCACAUCUGUAACCUCCCUGAGGGCAGCUGCACAGAGAACGAUGUGAUAAACCUUGGCCUGCCCUUCGGCAAAGUCACCAACUACAUCCUCAUGCGCUCCACACACCAGGCUUUCCUGGAGAUGGCUUAUGUGGAGGCAGCUCAGGCCAUGGUGCAGUACUACCAGCUCCAUCCGGCCACUAUUAACGACCAGAAGCUCCUCAUCCGCAUGUCCAAGAGAUAUAAGGAGCUGCAGCUGAAGAAACCUGGUAAAGACGUUGAGUCCAUUAUCCAAGACAUCAACUCUCAGAGAGAGAGAGGGGAGCAGCAUGAGAUGGACCGGUAUCCCCCGGAGCGAGCACGAUCGCGCAGCCCCAUCACUCGCUCCCUGACUCCGCCCUCGCACAGCCCCAGCUUCACCUCCUGCAGCUCCUCCCACAGCCCCCAGGCGGCUCCCUGGAUGAACGGCGUCGGGCCGCGGCGUGGAUCCUGGGACUGGACGUCGCGCGACCGGGACGAGUGGCGCAAUGGUGGCGACGACGAGCGCAGGAAGUCCUACCUCAAAGCGGCUGACGAGCGCGGCAGGGAGCGCUACUUCUCGUCCCACCAUCCCUCCGACGAUUUCUACAAGAAGGACAAGCAGCUGCGGGUCUCCCAGCACCAGAGGCGCGAGGCGAAGUUCAAGAGGCGAGACGGAGGCGCCGAGCAUCACAGAAGCAGGCAUUCGGAACCCGAGCUCGCCGAGGAAGGCCGAGGCAGGAGGACGAGCAGGAGGCACGAGAAGGACGACAGAGAGGCCGACAUUCAUAAAGAAUCUACAGAGCACCGAGCCAAAGAGAGAUCCUCAUCUCCGCACAGCAGCAAACCUACAGAGGCCAGCGAGGGCGAGCGUGACCGAGACAGCGAGGUGGAGGAGUGUGGGAGUGGUGAGGACACGGAGGGCGAGUGCUGGUACCCUAAAAGUAUGGAGGAGCUGGUGACGGUAGAUGAGGUGGGAGAAGAGGACGACUCCAUCGUCGAGCCCGAUCUCCCCGAGCUGCAGGAAGAGGAAGAGGAGGGGCCUGAGGAGACGCAGGACCACACGCCGGCAAAGGAAGAGAAACAGGAGUCCGUGUCUGCUCCGGACGCUCCGACGGAGGAAUCGUCUAAGUCCGAAUGCCCGGAGGAACCGGCGUCUCACAUCUGCCUUUUCCCAAAUAAAGAGUUUAAGAAUGCGCUGGACGAGGCAGUGGAGCCGUGCGGAACUCUGACACAUACAUCACACACCACCACCGCGCCCGAGAGCGUGUGCGAGACGGAAAAGGUCACAGACGUACACACGGGCGGCGAGACGCCGAGCACGAGUGACACUGAGAAGAAAGAAACACAGCAUGUUGAGGAGAACCUGAAGAGAGACACGGUUCACGGACAGCCUGCCAGUUCACCGCAGAGGAUCGGCAUCAAAGCUCCGUCACCAUCACGAGAGCAGGAGAAGAUCAUCAGUGAGCACAGCAUCCCGCUAGGUGUUGAGUUCAUCGUCCCCAGUACAGGCUUCUACUGCAAACUCUGCAGCCUUUUCUACACCAGCGAGGACACGGCCAAGACCACGCACUGCCGGAGCACCGUUCACUACCGGAACCUGCAGAAGUACCUGUCUCAGCUGGCUGAAGAGAGUCUGCUACACUUCCGUCCAGACGCCGAGUGAACAACCCAAACCCUCACGCAGGGACGAGGAGAGGAACCGAAUCAGGCCACAGAGAGAGAGAGAGAGAGAGAGAGAGAGAAACGAUGCCGAUCCGUACUAAACUUGUACUGAACACGAGGGAGAUGAGAUCGAGAUAAUUGGACACAAAAGACGGGAGCACAUAUUUUUCUACGUCAUCACGUGUUCACGACACAUUCACUCGUCUUUUAGAAAAAAAAAAAAGUAUUCACGCCUUCAGACUUACCUUCGUUCGAGGUAAGUCUUCUUGAAUGCAGACAAACAAACAAACAAACGACUGGGAUGAAAUAGGAAGGGGAAAGUCGGCUGUUUUGGAGCGAGGAGUCCGGAGUGUACAGAGCGACGAGGAACGUGAUGUUGUGUGUGAUGGAGGUAUGAACAAAUCGGCUUACAGAAGGAUUCAUUUUGCGACGCACUGGAGGUCUGACACUGGAGAACGACGACUGCCUGCUGAAUCUGGUCUUCGGGUCGACGAGAAACUGACUCAAGAGAAUGGAAUGAGAAAUAAUAAUAAUAAAAUAAAACGGGGGAAAAUUGAAAAACAAGACUCCAAAAAAAUCUAAACAUUUAGUUUUUCAUUCACGCUGUGUAUAAAGCUUUUCCUUUAGGUCUUUUUUUUUGUUUUUGUUUUUUGUUACAUUUUUUUCUUUUUGUUCUUUUUUUUUUUCUUUUUUUUCUUUUCAGAAGCAGUGCUACUCGAACCGGACCAUGUGUGAAGGUUCUCCUGUCUGAGGAGGAUCUGUGUACAGAAUAAAGUGUGUGUGUGUGUGUGUGUGUGUGUGUGUGUGUGUGUGUGUGUGUGUGUGAUGCUAGUUUGCAGUCAGGGGACGGGCUGUGGGAGGUUUUUCUUCCUCAGGUUUUCUACACCAUCAUUAUUAUUAUUAUUAUUAUUAUUAUUAUUAUUAUUAUUAUUAAAAUAAUGCUUUUGAGAUGCGACUGUUUUUUCUCAAAAAAUUGUCACUCAGAUGCAAAAAUUUGAAUAAACUUUUGGAGAAAUUC